CCGUUUUGACUCUUCUCUACUGGAAAAAGCUUCUCAUCAGUCAUCAGGGAGACAUCAACUGGAUGAUAUAUACAAAGUCUAAUUGAGAGUUUCAAUGAUCAUUCAUCGUCUCAGUAUUCAGCACAACCUAAACGCCACCCUUAUUGCCGAAUAAUGCAGAACUCGAAGUCAAUCCUACUGCUCUCAAUUCUAUCCUUUCUGCUAUGUUCCUCCCUAAUUACUUCAUCAUCUUCAAUUCAAGAAUCAGAAGCAAUUGAAUUGUUAAUGAACCAUUUGGACUCUAAUAAAAGAUCAAAUUCAUCAGUUCAAGAAGCUGCAGCAAGAGGGGUACUUCGAAGAUUGCUCCCAACCCAUUUGGCCAGUUUUGAAUUCCAGAUUGUCUCCAAGGAUAUUUGUGGUGGUCGCAGCUGCUUCUGGAUACAAAAUUACAAGCCUACAAGCAGAACUUCCCCUCAGAUAUUAAUUCAAGGAACCACUGCCACGGAAAUUACAGCUGGUCUACAUUGGUAUUUAAAGUAUUGGUGCUAUGCCCAUGUUUCAUGGGAAAAGACUGGUGGCAUUCAGAUAGCUUCGGUUCCUAGGCCAGGAUCACUACCUCUUGUAAGUGAUGAGGGAGUGAUGGUUCCGCGUGCAGUACCAUGGAACUAUUACCAGAAUGUUGUCACUUCCAGCUAUUCUUUUGCAUGGUGGGACUGGGAAAGAUGGGAGAAAGAGAUUGAUUGGAUGGCACUUCAAGGAAUUAAUUUGCCUCUGGCAUUUACUGGACAAGAAACCAUAUGGCAAAAAGUUUUUUCGGAUUUUAAUAUUGCUGCAAAGGAUUUGGAUGGUUUCUUUGGUGGGCCUGCCUUCCUUGCUUGGGCCCGCAUGGGAAAUUUACAUGGGUGGGGUGGACCUUUAUCUCAAAAUUGGUUGGAUAGGCAGUUGUUGUUGCAAAAACAGAUACUAUCUAGGAUGAUUGAAUUAGGAAUGACUCCAGUACUUCCAUCGUUCUCUGGGAACGUUCCAGCAGCACUAAAAUCUAUCUAUCCAUCUGCAAACAUAACCAGACUUGGAGAAUGGAACACUGUUGAUUCUGACCCUCGAUGGUGCUGUACUUUCCUUCUUGAUCCUUCUGAUCCUUUGUUUGUAGAAAUUGGGAAGGCUUUUAUCAUGAAACAGGUUGAAGAAUAUGGAGAUAUAACGAAUAUCUAUAGCUGUGAUACCUUCAAUGAGAACACACCUCCUACUAAUGAUCCAGCAUAUAUAUCUUCUCUCGGUUCUGCUGUCUAUAAAGCGAUGUCUGAAGCAGAUAUAGAUGCAGUUUGGCUUAUGCAAGGUUGGCUAUUCUAUUCAGAUUCUUCUUUUUGGAAACCACCACAGAUGAAGGCUCUUCUACAUUCUGUACCAUUUGGGAAGAUGAUUGUUCUUGACCUCUUUGCCGAUGUCAAACCAAUAUGGAAUUAUUCGAAUCAGUUUUAUGGCACUCCUUAUAUCUGGUGUAUGCUUCACAACUUUGGAGGCAAUAUUGAAAUGUAUGGGAUUCUGGAUGCAGUAGCUUCUGGUCCUAUUGAUGCUCGUCUCAGUUACAAUUCAACGAUGGUUGGUGUUGGCAUGUGCAUGGAAGGAAUUGAGCAUAAUCCAGUAGUAUAUGAGCUUAUGUCUGAAAUGGCAUUUCGAAGUGAUCGUUUCCAAGUCGAGGAAUGGCUGAAAAUUUACAGUCGUAGACGAUAUGGCAAAGCCAUGGAUCAGGUUGAAGCUGCUUGGAAAAUUCUUCAUAGCACAAUCUACAAUUGUACUGAUGGAGUUGCUGAUCACAACACCGAUUACAUAGUUAAAUUUCCAGAUUGGGAUCCGUCGUUGAAUGCCAGAUCUAAUGUGCAUAAAGAUACUCGGAUGGAAAAAUUUAUUGGAAUGUACCCAAACCGAAGGUUUAUGCUCCAUGAGACAGUCUCACCUUUGCCUCAACCUCACUUAUGGUAUCGGACCGAGGAUGUGAUUCAUGCAUUAAAGCUCUUUCUUGAUGCAGGUUCUGAACUUGCUGGAAGCCUCACAUACAGGUAUGAUUUAGUUGACUUGACCAGACAGUCCCUCUCGAAGCUUGCAAACAAGGUAUACAUGGAUGCUGUGAGUGCUUUCCAGAAUGAGAAUGCCAAAUCCUUAUGGAUACACAGUCAAAAGUUCUUACAACUUAUCAAGGACAUGGACAAUCUUCUUGCUGCCGAUGAUAACUUCUUACUUGGUAGCUGGCUGGAAAGCGCGAAAAGUUUGGCUGUUACUUCUGAUGAGGCAAAGCAGUAUGAAUGGAAUGCCAGAACUCAAGUGACUAUGUGGUUUGAUACCACAAAAAUCAAUCAGAGCAAGCUUCAUGAUUAUGCAAACAAGCAAUGGAGUGGGCUGCUGGACGCAUAUUAUCUGCCGAGAGCCUCAAUGUAUUUCAGCGAGUUAUUGCGAAGCUUAAACCAUAACAAGAAGUUCGAGGUCGUUGACUGGAGAAAGAAGUGGAUUGCAUAUUCAAACGAUUGGCAAGCAGGCACAGAACUAUACCCAGUAAAAGCACACGGUGAUGCCUUAGCUAUUUCGAAAGCUUUAGUCGACAAGUACCUGAGUUAAACUGCUUAUUUUUCCUUUCCUUCUCAGCAAAUGGUGAGAGUGGAAGAAGAGAUAUAUGAACAUGAAUGCUGCAGAUGUAAAUGAAAAAACCUGUUACCAAUUUUCUUCCUCCCAUGAUAUUGUCGUCCGAAUCUAAUAGUUAAAUCUCUGUUUGGAUAGUAUCAUAGUACUAACGUUUUUGGGAAAUUUUUUAAUUGGGAAUGUAAAAUGUGUUGGAAAUUGAAAAAUGAGCAUUGAGAAUGUAUCAAAAAGAAAAAAAAAAUACGUUAGAAAUUGACAAAAAAAAAAUCAAAAUAUAAUCCUAAGCAAAGGUACGUAUAAAAGUCAUUUUUUCAUAAUAUAA